AUGUCGCUGAUACAAGCUCUUCAUUGCGAGAUCCAGCCGGAAAAACGGGUUUCUGCGCCCGCCCUCGCCUCCCCGCCCAGUUCCUAUUCUGAAGGUCCUGGACAACAGGCAGAGAGUCGGCAGAUUACACUCAAUGGCAACCAGCCGCCAGAAACUGGCCAGCCAGUUUUCGAGCGUGUGCCUUCACAUGGUACCACGCAGGCCCGAAGGUUAACAGUCACUGUGCUACUCAUUCUGGCGAACCUCGUCCAGAUGACAGUGAACUUUGCUGGAAUAGCUGGUGGCAGCACAUUAACUAGUGCAAUGGGUGUUGAGGGAACAUAUGCUUCCUGGAUUGGAGCCAGCUAUGCACUCACACAAGGAACCUUUGUUUUGAUGAGCGGUCGCUUGGGAGAUGUUUUUGGACACCGGAAAUUGCUCCUGAUCGGCGGAGCAUGGCUUAGUCUUUGCGUUCUGGUUGGUGCCUUCUGCAACAAUUUCUUUGCGUUUGUCACAAUGCGUGCCCUUGCUGGUGUUGGAGGUGCUUUCAUUAUGCCAAACGCUGUAGCAAUGAUAUCCUCCACGAACCCACCGGGUCGCCUCCGAAAUUUGAGCUUGGGUUUCUUUGCAGCAUCGGCACCAUUGGGAGGCUACUGUGGGGCGAUACUCUUGGGCGCCUUCCUAGAAAAUACGGAUUGGAAGUGGUUCUUCGUGUUCAUCGCGGUGACCUUCGUCGCUCUAUGGGCUCUAGCUCCAUACGAACCGCCGGUCGACCGCUCCGGAAAGAUAGAUUGGAUCGGCUCCGCUUUAGGCACCAGUUCCUUGAUCCUCUUUAACUUUGUGUGGAACCAGGCACCCAGUGUGGGGUGGUCAACCCCUUAUGAAAUCGCCCUCCUUCCAAUAUCAUUGAUACUCUUCGUUAGUUUUCUAGUGUGGGAAAAAAGAUUCGCUGCGCAACCAAUCAUGCCACUCGAGAUCUUCAAGGCGCCAUCCUUCCUGACCCUGCUGCUAGUCAUCCUCCUGAAUUAUAUGGCAGUGGGUACACUAAUCUGGUACCAGGUGCUCUGGUUACAGGAAGUGUGGCAUUGGUCGCCUCUGCAUUUCGCUGUCGGGUGGACCCCUUUUGUCGUCUGUGCAACGGCCGCAGCAUCCCUUGCUGCCUGGCUAAUCCCUCGUCUCGCGGCGCAGUGGAUCCUGGCCAUUGGCACAGUCACAAUUCUAGUUUCCAAUGCCCUGAUGGCCACCGUUCCUCUGCAGCAAUCAUACUGGGCCCAGAUCUUUCCAUCUGUAGUUCUUUUCUCGUUCUGUCCUGACUUUGUCUACACAGCGGGGCAGAUUAUUGCGAGUAAUUCCGUCCGAAGACACCAGCAGGGUAUCGCUGGUUCUAUUAUUGGAACGCUGAAUCUGUACGGUAACAGUUUGGGUCUCGGGUUUGCAUCGACCAUUGAGGUCCAAGUCGCUCGUCGUUUCCACAACCAGAUCACGGGAUAUCGGGCGGCGCUGUAUUUCGGUGUUACGAUCAGUGCGGUGGCGUUGAUCCUAGAUGUUUGCUUUGUAAGACUAGUCAAGGACGAGCGUGAGGGUUGGGAGGAAGAAGACCUCUUAGCCAUCAAUGAGAUUGAGCUUCAAGGUCGUGCGGAGGCUACCGGGGCUCAAUUACCGGCUGCACCACUCCGGUCAUAG